AUGACCUUGAGAGCUCUCUUCUCAGAAUCCCACAGCCUCUUGCCUCAUCCUUUUAAUAAUCUUGCUUUCUGCCUUACUUAUAACACUGAAGAAAUCAGAAGAGAACUUCAUAGAUUCCACCACUUCUACCCACUGACCAGCAUACAUACCCUUAUCCUUUGCCUUCCUGCAGUUCCUACAGUGGGUGAGGAAGAGAGGGCUGGAGUGGUGGAGGAGAAGCCAGGAGGUGAAGAAUUGGAAGCAGUGGAGGAAAACAAAGUGGUAAAUUAGGUGAAAGUCAAGGGAGGUCCCUGGUCCCUGAAUGUGGCUCUCCACAUGAGCUCCCUGGAGGCCAGCCAGCCAGAAAUGGACACGAAUGCUCAGGCUGACAGAGCCAUACUGCAGGUGGAGCACAAAUUUGGGAAGGUAUGGCAACACUACCUAGAGCAGAGGAACUACAUCAUUCAGAAUAUCCCCAGCUUCUGGGUCAGGGCCUUUUGGAACCACCCACAGCUGUCCACCCUGAUUAGAGGCCGAGCAUAGAUGUUUAAGUACAUAACCAAUAUGGAGGUGAAGGGCUUCAGAUACCCUAGGAUGGGCUGCAAGUUCAAGUUUUUAAGAAAUCCAUAGUGCAGAAACAAGCUCACUGUCAAGGAAUAUGAGGUUAGAACUCCCAGCCAAGUGAUGUCUCUUGCCACUCCAAUAAGACAUCAUAAGAAUCAAGACUUCAUCUGCAGCUUCAUUGCCUGGUUUUCAGACCACAACCUCCCAGAGUCUGACAGAAUUGCUGAGAUUAUCAAAGAGGACCUCUGGCCAAAUCCACUUGAAUACUACCUAUUGCAUGAAAGAGCCCGUCAAGCUAGACUUGGCCAGAUAAGGAAGACAGUAGAGAUCUUCUUGAGUUCCAAAGUGGUUAACCUCACCCUUGAAAAUACUCCCAUACAAGAUCCCCUACCAUUUCCUGCUGGACCUGUGCUUUGGCAACAGCACUGGGUAUGCCCAUUACUCUUUAUGUGCUGACCUUUCAGCAUCUUCCUUCCUUUGAACAUUCGUUCUCUCAACUUUAACAUUAGACCUUCAUGGCAGUUCCGUAUUAACAUCACAGGCUAUGUGGCAUGGUUCACACUCUUCUAAGCCAAACAAAUGAUAUUAUAAAUUGCACUGCUUUUAUCUACACUGCUUGUUUGUUCCCAGGGCCUCUAGCCUGGUCACUACCACCUGGAUUUCUAGCUAUGUUCAGGAGCCUGUUUUACUCACUUUGCUCAUCACCUGUGGACAAUUGCUGGGCAUUAAUAAAACCCAGGGAAAACAGCAGUGUGCCACUUGGUCUAUGUGAUUUAUGCAACUCCAUUGCUCUUCUUGCCCUUCUGGUCACCGACUGCUGCCUAUACCCACCCCCUCAGGCUGUUGCCUGCUGGAUGGACAUUUUCCAGACCAUUGUCAGCUCCACUUUCUGAUUUUAGAUAAACAUUGAUCUCCAGAUUUGGUGGUGGGUCCACGUUUCCUGCCAGCCCAUGAAAGACCUUUCUAUUCCUCCCCUACAAGACCCCAAUUCCUUACCACCACAACCACCACUCAGGAAACCUACAGGCUGUCAGGCAAGUGGUUGAGGUGAUGAGUUAGACCCUAUUCACAUAACGAGGAUAAUGAUAAUGUCCUUGGUGAGAAAGUACCAGGCUUUCUCAGCCUCACCCAGGGAAUUCAUAUAAAAUCUAGGGACUGUAAGUUGCCUCCAUUCUUCACCUUCAACAUGAUUAAGCGUCACAGGUGCCACGGUGAGUGUACGCUUUGUCUUCUCUUUCUCAUUUCCUUCUCUUUGUCUCUUUCUCUCAUAUCUCUCCUACCUCUUUUUAAAAGUGGUAGCCUCACCCUCAACAAAAACGUUAAAAAAAAGUGUCAGCCCAGACACAUCUGCAAAAGCAGGCUCUUUAGUUUAAUCUAGCUCUCUUUUCUUCUCCAGAGACAGAACUGGAGUCCUGUCAAGAAGACUACCACAGCUCUUACUGCCCCUCUGCACGCUUCCAGCCCCUCCUUCCCUUAGCAAUGCCUAUAGGGUUUAAGGGAAGACCAGUCUAGAUGGAAAGAAAGGUGUUUCCUGUUCAAAGUGGAUGAAAGAACCAAAGAGGUUGUGAUGGGUGCCCCAUGCAGGGAAAACUGAACUAAAGGCCAGCAGCAGAAAUUGCCAGUGAAAUGCAGGGCCUAGAAUUAAGACUGGGCUGACUGAGAACCUGCAAGGAAGGGAUGCUUGCUCUGUGAGUGGUGACAGAAGGGCUACUUUUCUCAGGACUGGGAUGGGAGAAUUGCAGGUGGCUGAAGUGUUAGCUCUGUUACCUACCCAAGGGCUUUUUAAAGAAAAACAAUGCCAUGUUGGGUGUUUUCUCUCUUGUCUUCAUGUGACCUUAUUUAUGUGAAAGAUUCACUACUGUGCCCUUAAUUUCACUCAUGUUUAGUAAAAUCCUGUUACUUUCUCUGCUUCUGCUUACUGGGAAGAUUCAGUCAUAUAGAUUUGUUUUGCUUUCAAUUGGGGGAACACUUGGAAGAAUAUAUAUCUAUUUCUUGUAUAAUAUGGAGAAUUCUGUGAAUAUCCACAAAAGUUUUCACCUUGUUUCUGUUAAAACUGUAUCUUCAGAAAUACAAUUUGAAUAACUUGGUCUUGUCAGAGGCUGAAGACUUCAGAGAUUGUCGUCUUCAUGGGAAAAUUACCUACAAAAAUUUGUGGCUCUGAUUAUCUUGACAAUUUACCCUGGUAACAACCUAGCAAAUGAUAGAUCGCUUUUCCUAAACAGCAAAAAUACUUGUGAGAUUGCUCUGUAAAACUGGAAGGGUACCAUUGGCCUAUUUAUUUGUACAUUUUAUGGCAAAAUGAAAGCAUGUCAGUCUGAAAAAAAAACAGAUAAACUAAAAAGAUGGAAAAUAACAAGUGUGGAAAAGUACACAGAGAAACCACAAUGGUGGAAGAGUAGCCUGACACAAAUAUUUUAGACAAUUGUUUGGCAGUAUCUAUGCACACCCUCUGAUCCAGUUCUGGGAAUAUACCCAACAGAAAUGCAUACAUGUAUUCACAAAGACGUGCAAAGAAGUGUUUAUAACAGCACAAUCCUAAUAACUAACACUGGGAACUACCCCAAUGUUCAUCACUGGCAGAAAAAAUAAACACAGUUUAAAUGUUCACACCAUGGAAUACUGUGAGAAAUAAAGAACUGUGCCUACAUGUAAUAAUAUGAAUGGAUCUCACAAACAUGAUGUUGGAUAAAAGAAGCCAGACUCAAGAGUAUGUGCUAUAUAAUUCCAUUUAUAGUUGAAGUUUAACAACAAGUAAACCUAAUCUAUGGUGAUAGAAGUCAGCAUAGUAAUCACUAUGAAGAACAGUGAAGAUUCUGGUAUUUUACCCUACUUACAAAGUUAACAUGUUAGCCUGCUUAGUUAAUGGAUGCUGAGUCAGAGACAAAGGACAUUACAAUUCAAUAGCCAGCUUCAGUGCUUGCACCAGUUGCUUGAGCCCUAAUUCUUAUUCUGCAGCAUGAAGAAAGCCAAGUGACCCCUGCCCACACAGUGGGCUGCAGAGGAGAGGAACCCUGGGCUUAGGGAAAGUGAAUCCUUUAUAAUGGGAAUUAAGCAUGUACGCCCUUUGCUUUGAAGGCCGACAUUAUCUUUACUACAUAGAAUAGCAAGUAAACCUGUACUUUGUUCCAUAGGAGACAAUCUCUAUUUUUUCAAGGCUGUAAGCAAACCUGCCUUUUGCUCUGGAGGGAAACACUAUUUCUGUCUUCCAAGGCUGUUCUCAGAUAUCCUUAAAAAGAUACUCUGAACAGAGUGGCCAAAAUGAACAAAUCAGGAGACUAUAGAUGCUGGAGAGGAUGUGGAGAAA